AAAAUAUACAAAAAUACAUAAAAUUUACGUGAAUGUUUUAAAAUGAUUUUGUUAUGGUGGCAAUGUUAGUUUCGUUUUUUUUGUACAACAACACGCAUGAAUUUGUUGGUGCAGUGAAAAUUAAAUAAAUGUUAAAAAAAAAGCGAAAUUAUCAAGUGUUUUUGGUUCCGGAUCCGGCAAAACACAUUUUAAUCGAAUUUUAAGCCCGCGCUGUCGACGAGAUAAUUGCGAAAACAAUGCAUUUAAUCAAAGUAAAGACUAAACUCGCGCUGAAAAGCCCCGAAAUCGAGAGAAACUAGCAACACCAACCAAACCAAAGCCCACAAAUCGCACAAAAUACUGGCAAAAUAACGCAGAAAAUAAAAACAACAAUUAAAGAUAAGGGGUAACAACAGCGGCAGCAACUAAAAAACACAGAAGAGCGGAGCGGAGGGGAGGAAGGCAACGACGGCCCCAAGAUGUUGUGCCAGCUAAGUAAGGCCACCACCAGAAUCCGACUCAAAAGGCAGAAAGCCGUUCCACCACAUUGCUGGCUCUGGAGUCUGGCGCUACUGGCAGCAUUUACCCUAAAGGAUGUGAGUUGUGCCGAUCUAGCCAUUAGUAUACCCAAUAAUCCCGGCCUUGAUGAUGGGGCCUCCUAUCGGCUGGACUACCGUCCGCCCUUUGGUUAUCCGGAGCCGAACACAACCAUUGCCUCGCGGGACAUUGGUGAUGAAAUUCAAUUCUCACGGGCCCUGCCCGGCACCAAAUACAAUUUCUGGCUGUAUUAUACGAACUUUACGCACCACGACUGGCUCACCUGGACGGUAACGAUAACGACAGCUCCCGAUCCGCCCUCGAAUCUGUCCGUUCAAGUGCGAAGCGGGAAAAAUGCCAUUAUCCUGUGGUCGCCGCCCACCCAGGGCAGCUACACGGCCUUCAAGAUCAAGGUGCUCGGCCUGUCGGAGGCCUCGAGCAGCUACAAUCGCACCUUCCAGGUGAACGACAAUACAUUCCAGCAUAGCGUCAAGGAGUUGACACCGGGAGCCACCUACCAGGUGCAGGCCUACACUAUCUACGAUGGCAAGGAGUCGGUGGCGUACACGAGUCGAAAUUUCACCACAAGUCGAAGGACGCGGCAUAAAGAAUUGCUGGACAUUAAGAUCCUAAGAGAGCCCAACACUCCGGGGAAAUUCAUCGUCUGGUUCCGGAAUGAGACGACUCUGCUGGUCCUGUGGCAGCCGCCAUAUCCGGCGGGUAUCUACACGCACUACAAGGUCUCUAUUGAGCCGCCGGAUGCCAACGACAGUGUGCUGUAUGUGGAAAAGGAGGGCGAGCCGCCGGGCCCGGCGCAGGCGGCCUUCAAGGGUUUGGUACCCGGUCGCGCCUACAACAUCUCCGUUCAGACAAUGUCCGAGGAUGAGAUCUCGUUGCCUACGACUGCCCAGUAUCGGACGGUGCCGCUGCGGCCGCUGAACGUGACCUUUGACCGGGACUUUAUCAGCUCCAACUCGUUCCGGGUGCUGUGGGAGGCGCCCAAGGGUGUCUCGGAGUUUGACAAAUACCAGGUCUCAGUGGCCACCACCCGACGACAGUCCACUGUUCCGCGUAGCAAUGAGCCGGUGGCCUUCUUUGAUUUUCGCGACAUCGCGGAGCCGGGCAAGACCUUCAAUGUGAUUGUGAAGACGGUGUCCGGCAAGGUCACCUCGUGGCCGGCCACCGGGGAUGUUACUCUGCGUCCGCUGCCUGUUCGCAAUCUGAGGAGCAUCAAUGAUGAUAAGACCAAUACCAUGGUCAUCACCUGGGAGGCAGAUCCGGCCAGCACGCAGGAUGAGUAUCGGAUUGUCUACCACGAACUGGAGACCUUUAAUGGAGACACCAGCACCCUGACCACAGAUCGCACUCGCUUCACCCUGGAGAGCCUGCUGCCCGGCAGAAACUACUCGCUGUCUGUGCAGGCCGUCUCCAAGAAGAUGGAAUCCAACGAGACAAGCAUCUUUGUGGUCACACGCCCGUCGUCACCGAUAAUCGAGGAUCUAAAGAGCAUCCGUAUGGGCUUGAACAUCAGCUGGAAGAGCGACGUCAACUCGAAACAGGAGCAGUACGAGGUUUUGUAUUCCCGCAACGGAACGAGUGAGGUGCGCACCCUGAUCACCAAGGAGUCGCGACUGGUGAUCAAGAAUCUUCAGCCGGGCGCUGGCUAUGAGCUCAAGGUCUUUGCCGUCAGCCAUGACUUGAGGAGCGAGCCGCAUGCCUACUUCCAGGCAGUCUAUCCCAAUCCCCCACGAAACAUGACCAUCGAGACAGUGCGCAGCAACUCCGUCCUGGUCCACUGGUCGCCGCCGGAAAGCGGCGAGUUCACCGAAUACUCCAUACGCUAUCGGACCGACAGCGAGCAGCAGUGGGUGCGGCUGCCCAGCGUCCGCUCCACGGAGGCGGACAUCACCGACAUGACCAAGGGCGAGAAGUACACCAUACAGGUGAACACGGUGAGCUUUGGUGUGGAGAGCCCCAUGCCCCAGGAGGUGAACACGACGGUGCCGCCGAAUCCGGUCUCGAAUAUCAUCCAGCUGGUGGACUCCAGGAACAUAACGCUGGAAUGGCCCAAGCCCGAGGGCCGCGUGGAGUCCUACAUACUCAAGUGGUGGCCCAGCGACAAUCCCGGACGGGUCCAAACCAAGAAUGUGUCCGAAAACAAGUCGGCCGACGAUCUGUCCACGGUGCGCGUCCUUAUUGGCGAACUGAUGCCGGGCGUGCAGUACAAGUUCGACAUCCAGACAACCUCAUACGGCAUCCUCUCGGGCACCACGAGCCUCUAUCCACGCACCAUGCCUCUCAUCCAAUCGGACGUGGUGGUGGCCAAUGGCGAGAAGGAGGAUGAGCGGGACACCAUAACGCUGAGCUACACCCCUACACCGCAGUCUUCCUCCAAGUUCGACAUCUAUCGCUUCUCGCUGGGCGAUGCCGAGAUCCGGGACAAGGAGAAGCUGGCCAACGAUACCGAUCGCAAGGUUACCUUCACCGGUCUCGUGCCCGGGCGCCUGUACAACAUAACCGUGUGGACGGUCAGCGGCGGUGUGGCCAGCCUGCCUAUCCAGCGUCAGGAUCGUCUCUAUCCGGAGCCCAUCACCCAGCUGCAUGCCACCAAUAUCACGGACACGGAGAUCUCGCUGCGCUGGGACCUGCCCAAGGGCGAGUACAAUGACUUUGACAUUGCCUACCUGACGGCGGACAACCUGCUGGCCCAGAAUAUGACCACGCGCAACGAGAUUACCAUUAGCGAUCUCCGUCCGCACCGCAACUACACCUUUACGGUGGUGGUGCGCUCCGGCACCGAGUCCUCAGUGCUGCGCAGCAGCUCCCCGCUCUCGGCCAGCUUUACUACGAACGAAGCGGUGCCGGGUCGUGUGGAACGCUUCCAUCCGACGGACGUGCAGCCCAGCGAGAUUAAUUUCGAGUGGUCGCUGCCCUCCAGCGAGGCAAAUGGCGUCAUCCGACAGUUUGCCAUCGCCUACACGAAUGUCAACAAUCUGACGGAUGCCGGCAUGCAGGACUUUGACUCGGAGGAGUCCUUUGGCCUCAUUAAGAACCUCAAGCCGGGCGAGACGUAUGUCUUCAAAAUACAGGCCAAGACGGCCAUAGGCUUUGGCCCCGAGCGCGAGUAUAGGCAAACGAUGCCUAUAUUGGCACCGCCACGUCCCGCCACCCAGGUGGUGCCCACGGAGGUCUAUCGCAGCUCCAGCACCAUCCAGAUACGGUUCCGCAAGAACUACUUCUCGGACCAGAACGGUCAGGUGCGCAUGUACACCAUCAUAGUGGCGGAGGAUGAUGCCAAGAAUGCCUCCGGCCUGGAGAUGCCCAGCUGGCUGGACGUGCAGUCGUACAGCGUGUGGCUGCCCUACCAGGCCAUCGAUCCGUACUAUCCCUUUGAGAAUCGAUCCGUUGAGGACUUUACCAUCGGCACGGAGAAUUGUGACAACCACAAGAUUGGCUACUGCAACGGGCCUCUGAAGUCCGGCACCACUUACAGGGUGAAGGUGCGAGCCUUCACCGGACCGGACAAGUUCACGGACACCGCCUACAGUUUUCCAAUCCAAACGGAAAUGCUGAGCUCACCGGAUCAAGACAACACCUCCUUAAUUGUGGCCAUUACUGUGCCUCUGACCAUUAUUUUGGUGCUCUUGGUUACGCUUCUGUUCUACAAACGUCGCCGGAACAAUUUCCGGAAAACCACCAAGGACUCGCGGGCCAACGACAACAUGUCCCUGCCGGACAGCGUCAUCGAGCAGAAUCGUCCGAUUCUGAUCAAAAACUUUGCCGAGCACUACCGCCUCAUGUCCGCCGACUCGGACUUCCGCUUCAGCGAGGAGUUCGAGGAGCUGAAGCAUGUGGGCCGCGAUCAGCCCUGCACCUUUGCCGAUUUGCCCUGCAAUCGGCCCAAGAAUCGCUUCACCAACAUCCUGCCCUACGACCACUCGCGCUUUAAGCUCCAGCCCGUGGACGAUGACGAGGGCAGUGACUAUAUUAAUGCCAACUAUGUGCCCGGGCACAAUUCCCCGCGCGAGUUCAUCGUCACCCAGGGACCGUUGCACUCCACGCGCGACGACUUCUGGCGCAUGUGCUGGGAGAGCAACUCCCGGGCCAUUGUGAUGCUCACCCGGUGCUUCGAAAAGGGACGCGAGAAGUGCGACCAGUACUGGCCGAACGACACCGUGCCGGUCUUCUACGGCGACAUCAAGGUGCAGAUCCUCAACGACAGCCACUACGCCGACUGGGUGAUGACCGAGUUCAUGCUGUGCAGGGGCAGCGAACAGCGCAUCCUGCGGCACUUCCACUUCACCACCUGGCCGGACUUCGGGGUGCCCAAUCCGCCGCAGACGCUGGUGCGGUUCGUGCGCGCCUUCCGCGAUCGGAUCGGUGCCGAGCAGCGGCCCAUUGUGGUCCACUGCAGUGCCGGCGUGGGCAGGUCGGGCACGUUUAUCACCCUGGACCGAAUCCUGCAGCAGAUCAACACGUCCGACUAUGUGGACAUCUUUGGCAUUGUGUAUGCCAUGCGCAAGGAGCGCGUUUGGAUGGUGCAGACGGAGCAGCAGUACAUCUGCAUCCACCAGUGCCUGCUGGCGGUGCUCGAGGGCAAGGAGAAUAUCGUGGGACCCGCCCGCGAGAUGCACGACAACGAGGGCUAUGAAGAUGACGAAGGCAUCGCCGAGUCGGGCAUGUAGACGCCAUCCAAUCCAAUCCAAUCCCAACCGAGAACCGAACGGAGAACCGAAACCCAACCCAACUCAACCAUCGUGUGGCAAACUACAUUAUUAUUUACUUAAGAAUAGAUGGAGAUCCACGCUUGAUAUUAUACUUGGAUAUAUACUACAUACACCGGAUACUACUCGAUAUAUAAUACAUAUAUAAAUAUACACCGAUCUAUCGAAUGGGAAUGCAGCAAUCUCGCCAAACAGAACACGCAUCAAUUUAUACAUUUUAUAUAGUAUAUAUACACACAUAUAUCGUAAGAUAAUCGGGGGAUCCGAUUGCAAUUGAAAUUGUAAUCGAGUAACGAGUACCGAGUAACGUGUAACGAGUAAUUGUAAUUGCCGCUUCAACUGGAGAAUACUGAAUACUGAAUUGUAUUUUUACGCUAGCCACAAUUUGAUAUAAACUAUAUAUAUUGUAUCUUCCAAUUUUUUUGUACACUUAAUGUUAGUUGAAAUAUGUACGUGAGCAAGACGAGCAAAUUUUUGUAGCCAACUAAAAGCGCUAAAUGUUUACUUUUUAUAUUAUUAUUAUAUAUAUAUGUAUGCAUAUAUAUAUAAAUACAUGAUAAAUAUAUACCUUAUAUUAGACCUAAACUAAAACUAAAACUAAACUAACUCUAAAUCGCACACACGCCCACUCAUAAACACUCACAACUACUACUACACACAAGAUGCAAUAAUUGAGUUAAAUAGAUUUAAUAAAACAAAGAUUUUGCUGCAUGUAUGUACGUAUGUAGUGUAGUGUAAACCUUUUUAAUUUUUAUUAUUAUUAAAAUAUUUUUUUUAUUUCUGUUUGAUAAUUUUAUAGCUCGUAAGCUGUGUAAACUUCUUGUGUAAUGUAUGUGCUACCUUAAUUUUGUUUAAUUAUAUAAAAUUUUAUUUAAAAAUCGAAACCAUUUGUUGCUUUUUUAUUUGAACGGACGAGGCACAGGAAGUGAAUAAAUAAAACCAAUUAAUAACGUAAUUUAAAACACCGAUGUUAUUGUUAAACUUAAAAUCAACACAAAAAACUUGCACACAAGUCGCGUUUCCAUUUUCACUUCAUUCGCCAAUUUAGUGAAUUUUAUCGAGGUGCAUAUUUGCCAGACAUGGAACAAAAUUACUAUUUUGAAAACUAAACGUAAGCUAAAAAAGUACUGAACUGAGCUGUUUUGAAUCAUAAAAUUAACUUAUGUUCAGUAAGGAAAACUAGUUACUCCCUAAAGAAAUGCAGCUAGAACUAUUAACAAAAAAUAUGUUUGAAAUCAAGAAAACCUUGAUUAACGAGUAACAAUUGGCGAGUAACGAGUAUCAAGUUCCGAGCAAAGAGUACCGAGUCACGAGCAGCGAGUAAAUUUCUCUGGCACUGCUCUCCAGACUUUUUGAUUUUUGUAGAUUUUGAAUCGUUGUCUUUUUAAAAAGAAAGUGAAAGUGGAAGAUAGGCCGGCGAAAGAUAACAGACAGACAGCACAAAAGAACGACAGGAAGAAAUACAUUAAUUAAAUUAAUAUAAACGACCAAGCAACGCAUUUUGUGAGGCGAUAAUCAUUUACACACAAAAUCCACAAUGACAACAAAGAAACCGAAUCCCACGCAAACCAUAAAGACUAACUAACUAAAACCAACAACCGAUAGUUAAGGUGCCAAAGCGACAAACACCCCACACCCACACAGACACAAGCGACAAAAGAACUAUAGCAAUAAUCAACUUUAAACAAUAACAAAUUAAGUCCUAAUGAUUUGUAUAAACCUGUGUAAUUUUGAGUCCAGAACUUAGUUGAAGUGAUUAACCAAAGUGCAAUAGAAUCGUUUUGCUUCUAUAGAUUAGUGAAUACGUAAACAACGAAGCCCCAUAAUUUCAAUUUAUCCUGCCCUCCCGAAAAAUUAGACCCAAAUCCCUGCCACACAAUAGCAUUUAAUAAAUAAAUAAUUAAAUCAAUAAAUACAGAUAUAUGCAAAGGACGAGGAUUGCAACUAGAAAGUCUGUGUAAUGCAUACAACAUAAACGAAAGCGGAAGUGAAAAUGAAAACAUACUAUACAUACGACUCCAUCAUUAUACAACCCGUACUAAGUCGAACUACAUAUGCAUAUACAAUAUAGACAUAUAUAAAAUAUAUAUAUCAUUGUAAUAAUUUGUAAUGUUUAUCAGUAGAAUUAAAUACGGUUCGAUGAGGGGCAGCG